GCGGGUCUGAGCAGCUCCAACGGUCGAGGUAGUGGACGGCUGGCGGUGGCUGUGAGUUGGUGUUGGAAGUUGAUAUACUCAGAAUACUCAAAAUGGAAAACUUUGUCCUUUAUGAAGAAAUUGGAAAAGGAAAUAAAUCGACUGUUUACAAAGGCAGAAGAAAGGGAACUAUUAAUUUUGUAGCUAUUUUAUGUAUUGACAAAUCAAAAAGGCCAGAGAUCACUAAUAGGGUCCGACUUACUCAUGGUAUUGAACACCAGAAUAUCGUAUUAUUUCAUGAGUGGUAUGAGACAAGCAAUCACCUAUGGCUUGUAGUGGAACUGUGCACAGGAGGCUCUUUGGCAAUGAUUAUCGCCCAAGAUGAAUACCUACAUGAGGAUGUAGUUAGACAGUUUGGUAUUGAUCUAGUGAUGGGUUUGCACCACAUUCACGAGCUGGGCAUCAUAUUUUGUGAUCUUAAUCCUGCUAAGAUAUUGGUCGAUGGACCAGGCACUCUGAAGUACAGUAACUUCAGUCUAGCCAAGGCAGAAGGAGAGAAUCUAGAGGAGUUCUUUGCACUGAUUGGCACAGAUGAUGAUGUAAAUGAAAAUAAUGAAGACACGUGGAAGAAAUCCCAAAGUCGAACUCGAGGGUCCACAAUGUAUAUGGCUCCUGAAGUUGUGAAGGGUGAAGAUUAUUCUCCAGUCAGUGAUUUAUGGUCUCUGGGCUGUGUACUGUACGAAAUGUUUACAGGAAAACCACCAUUUUUCUCAGAAAACUUGUCUGAGUUGGUGGAGAUGAUUUUGCAUGAAGAUCCACUACCACCCAAACAAGGACCCACUGGACAAAAACCUUCUCCUGCAUUUCUUGGUUUGAUUGAAGACUUGCUUCAGAAGGACCCUUCAAAAAGACCAAAAUGGAGUAGCCUCUUGGAGCAUCCUUUCUGGCAGGGAUCCUGUGCUGAAUUUGACAAGGCCUUCAGUGAUGAUGAGAAGAGCUGCAGCAGCAUGAGCAGUAGUGAAAUUUGUUCCUCAGUCACUGCCAGUGAGCUGCAACAAAGCAGAGGAAGCAAAAGUCUGCAAGCAUCUAGCAUCAAAAUGGACAGCAGCCAUCAACCGAAGUCAUACAAAUUAGAAAAUCUUGCUGAUUUGCAGCCAAAGAAUGCUCUGGACAUGAAUUCCAAGGAGUCCAUCUUCUUACUCAGUUCCCAUCCAACACCAAGAACUAGCUUGAAUGUAUGCCAGAAUGACAUCGGAACCCAGAAUGCUCCACCAAAAAGGGCCUCCAUUUCAAUACAGGAUAUGACCUCCGAGAUCAAGCGGCUUACGUACACUGAUGCUGAUCUUAUAGUGACACCCAUUAUGGACAACCCCAAGAUUUUGAAGCCAGCGCCCAUGAAGUUCGAUGCUAAAACUCUCAGUGUUCCAGCCUAUUCAGUUGAGAAACUUGUGUCCCUAAAGGGACAGGACUGGAAUCUUUUCAUUAGGCAGCUGUGCUCACUGAUGGAUGUUGGGGAGAAGGCUGCAGGGGCACCAAGAGCCAAGUUGAACUUGAUGUGUUAUCUCUGCAUGGUCGCUAGUCACAGGGAAGUGGCCACAAGAAUGAUGGACUCACAGUUGUUCCUACUGUUAACACAACAAUUGCGUGCAGCUCCAAACUGGGAUGUUCGUGCUAAAAUGGUCCGUCUGAUUGGCUUGCUGGCUUGCCACACAGCUGAAUUGAAGGAUGAUGUCCCAAUAACUGAAACCAUCACCAUUCUAACUGAGUUGAUUCGAGAGAACUUCAGGAACACCAAACUGAAGCAAUGCCUAUUACCUCCUCUAGGAGAACUUGUGUAUCUCGUGGCCAUCCAGGAGGAGAGAAGACCACACUCAAGAGACCAUUGGACUAUCCCCUCCGCAGCCUACGCUGUGGUAAUGAGAUGUAUUCGGGAAGGGGGAGAUCCUGUUACUAAUCAUUUAGCAGCAAAGAUUGUGGAGAAUGUCUGCACCACAAAUUCAUCCAUAGUCCAAGGAUUUAUUACUGGAGAGAUUGGUCAGUUGCUUUGGUACCUGUUUACACAUUCCACUGUGGACUCUUUACGAGUGACAGCCAUUUCGGCUUUGUGCAGAAUUACCCACCAUUCUGCUAGUGCUUUUCAAAGUGUCAUUGACAAGGUCGGCCUUACGGCAGUAGUGAACUCCCUGCAGGCAGGAGUAAGCCGUAUUCAACAGUACAUAUUGACCAUGUUUAUUGCAAUGCUCUCAUCUGGCGUGCACUUACAAAGACUGGUGCAGGAAAAGGAUUUUGUCACAAAAAUUGUCCGUUUAUUGGAAAGCCCUUCAACAGUAAUUCGAGCAAAAGCUUUUCUUGUCUUACUGGAAGUUUUAAGGAAUAACAAGGAGAUGCUUCUGCUUUGUUGCCAGACCAGGUUAGUGAUGUAUAUGGAAAGAGAUAGCAGAAAAGGAAAGGAACAGCGAAACACCAAUGAAUACUUGUCCAAAUGUCUGGAUCUGCUAAUCUGUCACAUUAUUCACGAACUGCCAGGAAUUAUAGGUGGUGUUCUUUCUGCUUUGUGUAAUGUCUCUGGACGCAAACAUCCUUCAACAAUUCAAGCCAAACAUUUGAAGACUUGCCUUCCAAUGAUGCCUAUAAUGCUCCAUCUUGUGACAGCUCAGGUAUUUAGACCACAGAUUAUCAAUGAGGAAUUUCUUAUCAACUGUGGAGCAUUGCUUAGUCAUAUCAAAUCUAUUGAUUCUGGAGAAACAAAUUUAGAAAGUGCAGUGGGUCAAACUGGUUCAGAAGAACUUAUCAGAAUAGUCUUUUCAUCAUGGGAGGCUGUGACACAGCAUCCAUCACUCCUGAGUUCACAUCUUUCCACAAUUGUUGACUGUGUUCUCCCUCCCUUAGUUUCUCUGGUGCUUAGUCAGAAUGUGGAGUGGCGGAUCUUCAGCUUGCGGUUGCUGUCAGAGACUACAUCUCUUGUGGCAAACCAUGAGGCCACGUUGGAAGAGAAAGAGGAGUAUCUUGCUGCAAACAACAAAUGGCUGGCCCUCAUCCGGGAAUCCCUGCUCCCUCAUUAUGAGCAGAUCUUGAUGGAACCUGAUCCAGUACCACUCUACGCCUUGAAGCUGCUUGUCACCCUGACUGAUUGCAGUCCAGUUUUCAUAAGAUUGAUUGAAGAAAGUCAGAUUGUGCCCAAUCUUUUCCAGGUUAUGUUGGAACAACAGGACAAUCUUCUAGGUACUGCCAUGCAGAGUGUGGUAUUAUUGGUCAACAACCUAGUUGCCUAUAAAGAUGUCAACAUGAAAGUGCUUUACGAACAAGGUCUUGUUGAUCACAUCCGCAACUUAUUCAUUGAAGCAACAGCCCUGUACCUUGAAACAGAUGAUAAAAGAAGUGUGAAGACUACAAGCAAUCUGCUGUUAUCCCUAAUUGAUAUUUUACAUAGUAUGCUAAAGCACGUAUCCUGUAUUGUCCGCUUUGCUUUGCAGGCACAAAAAUCAGGCACGGGAGGGGACACCCAAGCUGCUGAAGACCUUCUGCUUAUCAAUAAACCCCUGACAGGCUUAAUUAGCCUGCUUAUUCAACUGCUCUCCAGUGAUGACCCAGAUGUGCAGGAGAGUUCUCUGCAUUCUCUGUCACUUAUGGUUCAGCUUUACGGAGGUGAAAACCAAGAUAGCCUGUCUCCAGAAAACAUGGACUCACUUGCAGAAGCACUGAAAUGUAGAAGAGAUCCAAAACAGCAGAAAAUUUUACUUAGGGUCAUCAAAAGGCUGGUGAGCUCCAAUGAAAGACAUGGAGAAAGCAUCAAGAGUGAAGGAGGGGUUCUUGUUGAAAUCCUUCAAAGACUGGCCCGAGCUGACAGUUCUCACACCGAUAUUGCCAUUGCAUCAUUGGCCUCUGAAAUCCUGAGGCUCAUUGGGCAGUGACUUGAUGCCUACUCCAGGAUCUCUAUUCACUAUAGACCCAGUGCUACAGAACCACCAACUGCUCCAUACCACUACUUGUUACAGUAAAUAUGUCAUUAUCAGCACUCGCUACAGAACCACUAAAUACUCCAGUAUCAGUACUCACAGCCCUCAGGAUUAAAAGUGAAAUAAGAAGGAUCUUAAUGGAGGAGAGAGAUAUUCGAUUGCCUUUUGCGUUGACUGGUUUUAUCAUGGACUCAAGAAAAGCCAGAAACAAGAACGUUUUCUUCAAGGAAACUAGAGUAGAGUUGGAGGAAAGGAACUGUACCAAAAAUAAUUUUUAAAAAUAUUGCUCUUCUCAAGAACAUCUUGUGAUCUUCUUUGACAUGAUAUGAAAUUAAGAUGCAAUUGAAACUAAAUACCUGUCCUCAGUCAUUAACACUUAAUUUGCAUUUUGUCAAGCUUAAUGUCAGUGGAAUAGGUAUUUUCGAAUCUCUCUUGCAUGUUUGACUAUCCAAAGCCAAAUGUCUCAGCAAUUGUUUUUGUGUUCUCUCAUCAGUCUCUGAUCUACUGGGCCUGUAACAGACUUCCACUCGGCUGGAAUAUUUUUCCUAUUGUUUGAUACUUAGACUUGUGAAUUUCAGUCUGGGGAUGGAUGUUUACUGAAAUCUUGCACUUCUCUCUUCCUUUGCAAAUGGAUAAGCAUUAGUAAU